UUAUCACUUUUCUUUUCUCGUCUUAUUCAGUCUCGAAACAGAUCACAACUUAUAGCGACCGCAAACUUCUAUAUAUAUCACAGAUCCAAGAAGGAAAUACGAUAAACGAGUUAACGUUUCACGAUUUCGCCGUGGACUGCCGGCCAACAGUUAUGACUGGACGGGAUGGUGACAGCUCUCCUGCAAUCGAUGUUGACGAGGAUUAUGAGGGCGACUCCGCCUGGGGAGGAGAUGAUUCGGCAUCAGAAACCACGUCGGUGACAUCAAGUAUUUACAGAGGACUUACUGAAAAUGGGCGACGAUAUCAAAGUUAUCGUGAUCAUGACUAUUGGGGACCUUCGGAUGAAAAGCAAUUCGAAACUAUGGAAGCGGGACACUUCAUGUAUUUGGUGCUCGAUUAUCACGAGCAGAACAGACUGCAUAGAGCUCCAAUUGGAGAAGCACCACAGCAUAUUCUUGAUAUCGGUACAGGAAAAGGGUCAUGGGCAAUCGAUGCAGCAGACACGUAUCCGUCGGCUACUGUCCGCGGAGUUGACCUAUAUCCCCCUCCAAUUGGGUGGGUUCCACCAAACUGCGUCCUCGAAGUUGACGAUGCUCUUCAAGAAUGGACAUGGCGCGAGCCGUUUGACCUCAUCCACAUGAGACUUCUACUAGGAGCCUUUACACCAGAAGAGUGGGAUAAGGUGUACACCCAGUGUUUUGAAAACCUCAAGCCAGGCGGAUGGAUAGAACAAGUAGAACUUGACGUGCGUGUCAUGUCCGAUGACGGCUCACUCCCCGAAGACAGUUUACUCGCUGGAUGGGGACCGAACUUUUUAGGAUGUGGCGAGCGAUCAGGGCGACCACUCAACACGCAGACUACGAUGCAAGAAACGAUGGAGAAGGCGGGCUUUGUGGACGCCCACGAGAAACUAUACAAGUGCCCGAUUGGUGCCUGGCCCAAGAAUCCGCAACUGAAAGACGCCGGAGCAAUCAAUCUGGAGCACUGGUCGUCGGGACUUGAAGGGUGGGCAAUGUGGUUGCUAACAAAACACGGAUCGCCAAAGCCGUGGACCUCAGAAGAGGUCAGGGUUUAUGUGGCGAAAGUGCGUUCCGAAUUGCAGAACCCGAAGUUACAUAUCUAUCAUUAUACGCGACGAGUAUGGGCGAGGAAGCCAUUGAACACUUCAUCUCCAGGCAGAAAUUAGUUUUUACAUUCAUCUACAUCCUCGACUCGUUGUCCCUCCAAACAUCCUCCCUCAUUAGUGUUAAUUGAUAUUGAUAUCCAUUUCAGUGAGAAAAACAGAACAUUCUAGUAAUAAUAUUACAUGACAUGCAAUAAUGCUUAUAUCCUAUCAAUCUAUGUGCAAAGACCAUGAUUUAAACAGGGAACGCAUUCGACUUCUCCUCAAAAUCAGCCAUCAAUCGAAGUAUCCACACG